UUGGUUAUAGUCGCCUUCGCCGUCCCUCCUCCACCUUCUCCUUAUCGCUUCCUAGUCCAUCGUCCACAGACUAUCCCAACGCGUGUAAGCGGAAAUGACGAACAAACGACAGAUGACCUUCGAGGCCAACGAAACAGUUCUCUGUUUCCAUGGGCCAUUAUUGUACGAGGCUAAGAUUUUAAAAACAGACUGGAGGAGUCUCGAUCCCCUUCAUGGAGAAGAGGGUCCUGUCUAUCUUGUCCAUUACCGCGGGUGGAAGCAGACGUGGGAUGAAUGGGUUCCAGAGUCAAGGGCGUUAAAGUGGAACGAGGCUAAUCUAGCAAAACAAGCCAGCCUGAAAGAGUCAUAUCCCGGUAAAAAAAAGGCUGUACCAAAGACGUCGGGAUCAACUGAGAGCUCAGACAGAGGAAAGAAGCGUGCAAAGGAUACAAGCGUGGACAAGGAAGAGGAAUUCACAAAGCGACCCGAGAUCAAAGUACCGAUACCCGACUCAUUGAAGGUGCAGCUCGUGGACGAUUGGGAGAAUAUCACUAAAAACCAACAGUUGGUGCCUCUGCCACGGACGCCAAAUGUUGUGCAAAUCCUGGAAAUGUACAGGGACUCGAAAAAGGACAAGAAAGCUAAGAACGAUGAGAUUUUCCAGGAAGUGCUGUCAGGAAUUAAGACGUAUUUCGACAAGUGUCUGGGCAAUAUGUUGCUUUACCGGUUCGAGCGUCAGCAGUAUGUGGACAUCAGGAAAAAGAACACAGGCAAGGAGGACUCUGAAAUUUAUGGAGGCGAGCAUCUCCUACGGCUCUUUGUGCAAUUCCCAAUGCUUAUCGCACACACACAGAUGGACCAGGAUUCAAUCAAUGCUCUCCGAGAAAAUUUGGUCGACAUGCUCAAGUGGAUGCAGAAGAACCACAAGGAGCUGAUACUGUCAGAAUACGAGAACGCCAGUCCUGCGUACCAGUCGAUUGUCAAGUCAUGAACCCAUUCCUAAAACAGUUCUUCAAAAACAGCAUUCGCGUACUACACUACCAAGUCAAGGAGAGCAUGGUGCCAUGUCCUGGCCUGCCUUGUCCUGUCCUGUCGUGCCGUGUUGUGUCCUGAGCAGAGCAGCAGCAGUCCUCGCAUUACAGUUUCCUAUGGCCGCGAAUAAAUGAAAGGAAACCCCAAUUUAUAUUAAAUUUUCCAUGAACAAUGAAAGCCCGCUGGUGUAAAUAUAGCGAGCAUUAGGUUAAUGC